GGAGCGCGACGAAGCGAUGACAAUCGAACGGUAUCAAAGUGGGAACCCGGGCUCUGGUGCUGAGGAGAACGGAGCAUCAUCACCGACCAAAACACCGCAGCCGAACCCGCCCCCAAACAAAGGAAAGAUGGCCAUUUCAAGAAGAAAACCGACUGACAGAAAAGGGGACCUGUGAGACAUCGGGUGGAAACGGUGAAGGCUGUGAGAGCUACAGUCACGCAUGUUGUCUCCCCCACCCUGCCAACUUCAGCAUGUCCACCUCUGAGGCGCCUGGUGUGAGCAGUAACUCCAGCACCGUGCCCUGGGACCCUGGUUCCUCUGGUCCUCCUGGCCCCACAGACUGGCCGUCGGUGGCCAACAGCGUGGUGAAGAUGGUGCUGAUCUCAGCCAUCGUGUGUGUGUCUCUGUUUGGUAACGUGGUGGUGUUGUUAGUGUUCCAGAGGAAGCCUCAGCUCCUCCACGUGGCCAACCGCUUUGUGCUCAACCUCCUCCUGGCAGACCUGCUCCAGACUGUGCUGGUCAUGCCCUUCGCCAUCGCUGCCACCGUGCCUGGUGUGUGGCCCCUGGAUGCCCGCUUCUGCCAGGCCCUGAUAGUGCUCAUGCACCUGUUUGCCUUCGCCGGGGUGAACACCAUCAUCGUGGUGUCAGUGGACCGUUAUCUGGCCAUCAUCCACCCGCUGUCCUACCCCACCCGCAUGACCCCUCAUCUGGGCACCAACCUCAUUGCCUGCACCUGGGUGUUGAGUCUGCUCCAGAGCACGCCGCCCCUCUACGGCUGGGGGGCCAUAGACUUUGACCGCAGGCAUAACAUGUGUUCUGUGGUGUGGUCCUCCAGCCUGUCCUACUCAGUACUGGUUGCCACCUGCUCCUUCUGGCUGCCGGUGCUCAUCAUGCUGGGCUGUUACUGGAUGGUGUUCAGGGCAGCUAGGAGGCAGAACGCCCUUGUGCACCCCAUCCAGACCCAGUCUAAGUCCCAGCCCAACCUGCCUCCGAAUCCCCAGGCCCCCUGCCCCGGCAGCCCCCAGCGCCCACCCCAACAGGCACCCCCACCCCUGGACUCCUUCUCAGCUGGGGGGUACCCCAUCCGGGGCAGGCACAGACGUUUCCACUACCACUGCAAGGCAGCCCUGGUGGUGUUCGUCAUCAUGGCCUCGUACAUCCUGAGCAUGGGACCUUACAGUGUUCUCAACACGGUCUCCAUUCGCUCCAGUGCUGCUGUGCCUCCAUGGCUGGCCUCCUUAGCCCUGGUGCUCUUCUUCUUGCAGUGCUGCCUCCACCCCUACAUCUACGGCUACAUGCACCGCAGCGUGAGGAAGGAGUUCCUGGCCCUGCUGUGUGGUCCGCUCUGCAGGCAGGGCCGUCCUUGCCACAACUCCGCCCAGGACAGCUGCUUCACCGUGACCGACGGACGCUCCACGCACCCCAAACUGCCCAAUCUGGCCACACGUGUCUGCCCCCUCCGCACCUGGGAGGAGGGCACCACCACAGAGGCUACCUCCUCCUCCCCCACCAUGGAUAGGAGGUCCAGGGAUACCCGCAAAGAGACCACCAGCCUGAGCUCUGAGAGAGAGCUGACUGUCCACACCACUACCAAGUAGAACAGUCUACAGAGAAACAGCCUGGGAGAUGGGGUUGACUUGUCUUUCAUGUGGCUGUUUUCACCUCCAAUGAAGACAUCAUGGUUAUUCAGCAUGGUUCAACUUGAGCAGAUCUGCCUUCUAGUCUACAGGGUUAUCCAUUCUGACAUUGUCUGUUUGUUGUGAUUCGGGAUUGUUGUAUUUUUGAUGGCUAGAUUGACCUAGUAAUGCUUAUUUGCCAUAGACAUGGUUCCAGGAAAAUAAUUGCAACCUGAGUUGCAGUAUUUUCCUUGAAAAGCCAUUGUUGGUUCUCCUAUUGUUAGGUCCUCCUAUUGUUAGGUCCUGGUUGACGCGGAAUUGAAAAAUGCACAUCUACUGUUAUGUCUACGAGAGCACUAGACAAGGUCACCAAAGUGUAUUUAUUGAUCAUUUUGUGCAUUCAAAAGUAUGUUUUUAUAUAACAUUAGCCAUUGAAAAUAUAAAGGGAAGGGGGAGUGUUUCUAGAGGGAAUCUCUGUCAAAGUGCCACGAAAUAGAUCACCUAUCAUAUCAACUUGAAAUAACAUGCCACAAAUGUAUUUGAUUUGAGUGUUGCAAAUGCUGCUACAGAACACAAUUUCCCCUUGGUGACAGCUUCUGCUUAUCUUAUGUGGAGAGCAUGAUUAGAGUGUAUUAACCAUUACCACUCACCCUGCCCAUGGUGUGUAACACCUGAUGUCAAGGAAGAGAUGGUGGACUCAACAUGACCACUGAUUCAUUAGUCUAGAUCACUACUUCAGCACCAGAAUCAUGCUGCGUUUCCCAAUCAGCAUCUCAUCUAGCCAAUAUCCCCCAUGUAUCUGUGCCCCGUGAUUCAGCCAGUCUAUGCAGCCUGCCAGUGCAGCCAAUUAAUUCAGGGUGUUAUGGGGACGGUGGAGUGUCCAUGCCUGUCCGUAAAGCCUAUUGAGCAGGCUGAACCGUCUGGCUCCCUCUCAAAGCACCUCGUCAGAGAGCUGUGCAGUGUCUCAUUGACUGUUCCCACUACCAAGUGGAUGUGGCUCUACCAAGCCUUCUGAAAGCUACACUGUUCAUGUUUGCCUUAGCCAGUUUGGCCCUCUCAUAUCGGAGUUUCAAAAGGAGGCUGAGAGCUCUCACAAACUUCCGUUACCUGAACGUGGAAAUGCUUCUUGGUAGGGCUCCACUGACCACAUCCGCUCAAUUAGCUUCUUCUGUAAAGCGUAGAUACCAUAUAAGUAUUGGUGUUACUUUAUCUUUGCACUUUAUCAGAGCAUAGGGCAUGGAGGUCAGACUAUUAGUCGAUUUGAAACAGGUUACAGAGUACUGUAAACCCAGUACUAUAGCUAGAUGCAUGUUGAGAAAAUACUGAUGGUCUCAAACUUUCAAUAUAGUAAAUGUACAUAAAGUGCAUUGGGAAAGUAUUCAGACCCCUUGACUUUCCACAUUUUGUUUCCUUACAGCCUUAUUCUGAAAUGGAUUAAAUAUUUUUUCCCUCAAUCUACACACAAUACCCCAAA